ACCGCGCUCUUCUCCACGGGAAGUGAUGUGGGGCCGGACGGAAAAUACCGCCAAGCACUCAGAAAAGGCCAGUCGUUUGGGGUCCCAAGCUCCAUUCGGAAGGGAGCGCCUAAGGGAUAGAGAACGUAGGGGACGCAGCAUCUUGGGAAUCUAGCACUGCAGGGACGCAACACCUUGGGGGGACAGCACGGAAACAGAGCGCCAAACUCGGUGAAGCGCAGAGUCCUCCGCCAUGUCGGAUGGGGAUUACGAUUACCUCAUCAAGUUUUUGGCCUUGGGAGACUCUGGAGUGGGGAAGACCAGUGUACUUUACCAGUAUACAGAUGGGAAAUUCAACUCCAAGUUCAUCACCACAGUGGGCAUCGAUUUCAGGGAGAAGAGGGUGGUGUACAGAGCUAAUGGACCAGAUGGAGCUGUGGGCCGAGGCCAGAGAAUUCACCUGCAGUUAUGGGACACAGCGGGACAGGAGAGGUUUCGAAGCUUGACCACCGCAUUCUUCAGGGAUGCUAUGGGCUUCCUGCUUCUGUUCGACCUGACAAAUGAGCAAAGUUUCCUCAAUGUCCGAAACUGGAUAAGCCAGCUACAAAUGCACGCAUACUGUGAGAACCCAGAUAUAGUGCUGUGUGGAAAUAAGACUGACCUGGAAGACCAGAGGGCAGUGAAAGAGGAGGAUGCCCGGGAGCUGGCCGAGAAGUAUGGAAUCCCCUAUUUUGAAACUAGUGCUGCCAACGGGACAAACAUAAGCCAAGCCAUCGAGACGCUGCUGGACCUGAUAAUGAAGCGUAUGGAAAGGUGUGUGGACAAGUCCUGGAUUCCAGAAGGAGUAGUGCGGUCCAAUGGCCAUACAUCUGCAGAGCAGCCAAGUGAGAAGGAGAGGGGGCUGUGCGGCUGCUGA